AGAUCAUUUUAUCGGCUUGCCCUUCUAUGGCAUUCUCUUCACCUUCCCUCCUCCUCUCCCUGCGAAGUUUCUACUCCGCUCGCCCAAUUUUACCUCCGCUUCUCCCAAAACCUCCCGCUUUCUCCUCCAACCUGCUUCGCUCCCAUCCCCACCACUUUGGCGCACCCCCUAAAGCUUCCACUGAGGGUGCGGCGAUGGCGCAGAAGAUUUUCGAUACGGAGGAGGCUCUGAUGGUUUCUCUUGCUAAAUACACUGCUGAUCUCUCUCAUAAGUUUUCUGUGAAGCGAGGAUCUUUUUCCCUCGUUUUGUCUGGUGGGUCCUUGGUCAAGUCCCUUCGAAAACUAGUUGAGCCACCCUACAUGGAUUCCGUGGAAUGGUCAAAAUGGCACGUCUUUUGGCUUGAUGAAAAAACCAUACCAAAGGAUCAGGAUGGCUGCAAUUAUAAGCUAGCCUAUGACUACUUUCUCUCUCAGGUACCUCUUCUGCCUGGGAAUGUGUAUGCAAUCAAUGAGGCACUGUCUGCUGAAGGUGCAACAGAUGAUUAUGAAACCUGCCUCAGACAUUUGGUCAAGUGUGGGGUGAUAGACAUGUCUACGGCUACUGGGCUACCUAAGUUUGAUCUCAUGCUCAUUGGAAUGGACCCUGAUGGCCAUAUAGCGUCUGCAUUCACAGACCAUCCUUUUCUGCAAGAGGACAAUGGGAAAUGGGUCACCUUUAUUCAUGAAUCACCAAAGCUUCCCAUCGAUAUCAUUACUCUCACCUUGCCCGUUAUCAACUCAUCGGCACAUAUGGCAAUAGUGUCAACUAGUGGUCACCAAGCUAUAUCUACGAGCAACUCCGUUAAAAAUAGUGGAGACUUGGAUGGUAAAAUGCCUAUCCAGUGGGUUUCUCCUGAGGGUGAACUGACCUGGUUCUUGACAGGGGAUGCAGCUGAAACUGUUGGAGAGAAAUGUGUAUAAUGUAGUUUCUUCCCCUUUGUGUACAAGAGCCUUCAACCCCUUGUAAAUUGUGCAAUGUGUGGGUCGUAUAGCCAGCCAAAUCUUAUGUCUGCGAAUUUGUAUUCACAGAAGUUGGUGUAAAUAGCAAUGAGUUAGUUUAUACAAUAAAAAUUCCAAAAUUGCCAGACUUCCUUGAAGGAGUAAUGAGUGCCCCAUUGAUCAAAUCUCUCGUUCAAGGAUUGUGUUUGGUGACAGAGAAAGAGGAAGAAAAGUAAGAGCAGAUAUUAUGCGACAGCCAUCAUCUUCUUGGCCCUGUAGAACGUGCUCGUUGUUUGUAUGUGUGUGUGUUUCUAGGAAAAGGCAACCUCGUUGUUCUAUCUGUUGUCAUGUCUGGUAACACAAACAUGAGUAUGGUCUUGUCAUUUCCCUCCUACGUGCAACAAAUUCAAACUAUGUUUGGUUUGCAUGAAAAAGAAGACGAGAAAGAAUAAGUAUG